UAUAACAUGACGACAACCAAGCGGCUCAAGAAAGCUGCUCGCAUCAUUCUCAUCGGCGCCCCCGGCGUUGGAAAAGGCACCCAGACCGAGCGCUUACUCGCAAGAUUCCCACAACUCGCCGCGAUCAGCUCCGGCGAUUUGCUGCGAGACAAUGUUCGCAGGAAAACAGCUUUAGGAAUCCAAGCCGAGACGAUUAUGCAAGCAGGCAACCUCGUACCGGACUCGGUGAUGCUCGACCUCAUCUCGUCAGAGCUGUCGUCCAAGGGCUGGAUAACAUCCCCUCAGAAACCUGCUCAACCCACCGCCGUACCAUCAUCAUCCUCCUCUUCUUCUUCCACAAAAUCGACCUCCCCAUCACUCACAUCAUCAUUUAUUCUGGACGGGUUCCCGCGAACUGCAACACAAGCUACAAGCUUGGACCACAUUCUGCCCAUUAACUUCGCCGUUCACCUGUCAACUCCACCGGCUGUCAUUAUCUCACGAAUCACAAAACGCUGGAUCCAUGCGCCCUCAGGGCGUGUCUACAACACCGAUUUCAACCCUCCAAAGGUCCUCGGGAAAGACGACGUUACCGGUGAACCGCUGACCCAGCGCCAGGACGACUCUGUCGACACCUGGAAGGAACGGCUCAACAAGUUUGAAGAAUCCAGCAGGAACCUACUUGACCAUUACGACAACAAGGGUUGUCUAUGGCAUGUAGAAGGGGACUCUAGCGAUGAAAUCAGCCCGAAGCUUUUUGCCGAGCUGGAGCGAAGGUUUGCUUAA